AUGACACAAAUAGAAAAACUCCAAACUCGAAAGCUCCAUAAGCCUCUUACUGCCACUGAUUGGAUAAUAACGAAUUCAUCUUGCUUUCCUAUACAUAUUAGUUCGAUACCUUCCGCACCAGAAAACAUCACUGUGACAUUCAUUAAUCCAACAUCGGUGCGUGUAAGUUGGCAACAGCCAAUGGACAUCGCAUAUCCAAUCGAAAAGUUCGAUGUCACUUACAAGCCUACUGACGCAAGAAAGUUUGGUGUCUCGGAGGAACUCUAUGGAUAUGAUGAAAAAUCAUGCUUGACCUAUCAUGUCCUUUAA